AUAGUACCAUGACAAGCAAGGGAAACAACGACGGUACUCAAGGCUGGGGCGCAUAUCUGCCAGACUAUCUCAAUCUUCCCGUGGUCAAUUCAGCGAUUGCCGGCAGAUCAGCAAGAUCGUUCACUCGCGAGGGACGUUUCGCAGUCAUGGCCGAAAAAGUCACUGCUGGAGACUACGUCGUGAUCGAGUUCGGGCACAAUGAUGCUGGAAGCCUCACUCCCACCGACAAUGGACGAUCGGACUGCACACCUAUCAACAAUGACUAUAGCACCACCUGCUCCACCACCUACAAUGGGGUCGCGGAGACUGUUCUGACCAUGCAGGCCUAUCUUGUCAACGCGGCAAAGCUUUUCCAAGACAAGGGUGCCAAUGUGAUUAUCAGUUCACAGACACCCAACAACGUCUGGGAGACGGGCACCUAUUCCUGGUCUUCGCCUCGAUUUGCCACUUAUGCCAAAGAUGCCGCUGCAGCUGUGGGUGCGACGUAUGUCGAUCACGGCUACUAUGUGGCUGCAGCAUACAAGUCCGCCGGGGCCACCACUGUCAACUCGUACUACCCGAACGACCACACUCACACCAGUCCUGCCGGAGCCAAGGUUGUCGCCUACUCGUUCGUCCGCGCUCUGGCGGUCACAGAUAGCCCUAUGAAGGCCUACUCCAAACUCUAGACAUAAGCUUGAUGUCCACGGCAUACAGUAUUUUUCUUUUUUCGGGGAAGGAGGGAAGCUUUGUGAAAAGAUCUGAUGAGACACAGACACAGUUAUAAGUUGUGUCUUACCAGCAAUUUGGCACGAAAGAGUGAAGAAAGAAAAGCGCUAGUCUCCAGCCUAUGAGACACGUCGGGUCUGACACUUCCUCUAUUCAUGGCAAGAAAGAAAGACAUAUUGUUCAGAGACAGUGAAGAGUACAGUACAGUCAUUCACGAUAUAACGACA